GGGUCUCGCUCACACACACUCACACACACUCACACACACUCACACACACGCACACACACUCACACACACUCACACACACUCACUCACACUCACACACACUCACACACACUCACACACUGCCAGGCGACGAACCCAACGUUACGAUUACACACUUUUCCUCUGGAUUAUUACAGACAUUAACACACCUGGGAGGAUUUACACUUCGAUGACGAUGAUGCGCGCUGCGGUCAGGACUUUCCUCUGGACAGCGUUUCUGCACUUUCUUUUCACCGCAGCUGAACAUGUUAAAGACCUUUCACCGUCCUCCGUCCUGCGUAGAGAGAAACGAGAGUGGAAGUGGAACACGUUUCAUACAUCUGAGGAAAAACCACCUCAACUUCUACCCGAGACACUCGGCAAGCUGAAGAACACUUUGUUCAAAAAUAAUGCGGUGUUCAAGCUCUCGGGAGAAGGAGCAGGAGACAUCUUCAGCGUGAACAAGCUCGGAGAAGUGCUCGUGUUGAAGAAGCUGGAUCGGGAACGUGUCAGCAGCUAUACUCUAACAGCACACCUCAUAGACCCUACAAGUGGAAUGAAGCUUGAUAAGGACACUGAGUUCAUCAUAAAGGUCGACGACAUUAAUGAUAAUCCCCCCGUGUUCUCAGACACUAUCCCCGGGUCUGUUAUUGAACGAGCAAAUAAAGGAGUUGUGGUGUUGACGGUGCAUGCGACUGAUAAAGACGACCCGAACACCGCCAACGGCAUCGUCACGUACAGUCUGCUGAACGGAACCGACUUCUUCAGCAUUAACAGUGAAAACGGUAAAAUUUACACUAAGGUUGACACACUGGAUCGUGAGACUCAGAGUGAGUAUAAGUUGUUGGUGCAGGCGUCGGACAUGCCCGGCGUAUCAGGAGGACGUUCAGCGACCACUACAAUGACCAUCACUAUAACCGACGCUAAUGACAAUCAUGCCGCGUUCUCUAAACAACACUACCACUUCAACGUGAACGAGGACGCGCCAGUGGGAUUCAAAUUCGGAAUACUGGACAUUAUAGACCGUGAUGAGAAACAGAAUAAAAAACCCAAGUUUGCUGUAGAUUCUGCUGUUAGAGACGUCUUUGAUCUGGAGCUAAACGAUAAUAACGAUGGAGUUCUCGUAUUGAAGCAGGAUCUCGACUAUGAGAAGAUGGAGAGGUAUACGUUCACCGUAACACUUACAGAGGAUGUUGUCCAACCUCCGGACAACAGGGACGUCCUGACGAGGGCACAGAUCCACAUCACCGUUAAAGACGUGGACGAGUCGCCGGUCUUCACCCAGGCAGAAUACAUCUUUAAAGUUUACGAAAAUAAGAAAAAGAUCAUCGUGGGAUCAGUUUCAGCCAAGGACACAGACAAAACCAACCACAGGAUCCGGUACAGCAUAAAGGAUCCUACCAGUCCGGUGAACAUUAACAGUGAGACAGGACAGCUCACUCUGAAGAACACUCUGGACCGAGAAGCCCAGAAUGAGCACAAGUUCUUCGUUACAGCAGAGGAAGAAUCUCCCAACAAACUGAACUCUUAUACGACGGUGAAAUUAAUCGUCCUGGACGUGAACGACAACGCACCAGAACUGGCCAACGCGUCCAACGUGUACAUCUGUGAGAACGAUCGGAGCGGAACGGUUAUCGGUGUUAUUGGUGCCACUGACAAGGAUGAGAAUCAUGGGAAAUUUCGUUUCAGUCUCACAGGAAAGAGUUCAAACUUCUCCCUUUAUGACAAUCUGAAUAAUACAGCCAGCAUCAUUCUGACUCACGGCGGUUUCAGCACUGAGAGAUCUGUGGAGAAUGUUCUGGAAAUCAAGAUUACAGACGGAGGAAAUCCAGAACAGCACAGCAUCACACCUCUUCUCCUGCAGGUGUGUAAGUGUGGGAGAGAGAGACAACAGGAGUACUGCCAGGCCUACAGCCAGUCCAGAGUCAGUGUGAGCGCUCUCAUCGCCAUCCUGCUCUGCAUCAUCACCAUCCUUGUGAUCGUGAUUCUCUUCGUGCUGCGUAAACACUACCAGAAGAAGUCAGUCAUCGCUCUGGGAAAAGCGUCUGGUGAGAUUCACGAGCAGCUCAUGGCGUAUGAUGAAGAAGGUGGAGGAGAAAUGGACACAAACAUAUACGACGUCUCCAUCCUGACCUCGGCUCGUUCGGACGCCCGGCUCGGUCUCGAUCCACGUCCUCCGGCCAUGUACGCCAUCGUGAAGAAGCCUUCAGCCUGUAAAGGGGACAUGGCGGUGAUGAUCGAGGUGAAAAAGGACGAGGCCGAUCACGACCGGGACGGAACUCCCUACGACACGCUGCACAUUUACGGCUAUGAGGGGUCCGAGUCCCUGGCUGGCUCGCUGAGUUCACUCCAGUCGUCUUCUUCCUGCGGAUCUGACCUCGAUUACGACAUUCUGAACGACUGGGGACCCCGAUUCAGGACACUGGCUCAAAUUUACGGCUCUGACGUGAACACUUCGUACUGAUCCCGGAUCCUGGAAACCAAAACCCACCGGAAAAGAUCAGUGAAGACGCAUGGUUUCUUUCAGGAUAAAUUCCAUUAAGACGGAGGAUCUGAGUCUCGUUUUACAGCCAUAACCACAGCCACUGUUCCAUUACUGAUCAUUAUUAUUAUUAUUAUUAUUAUUAUUAUUAUUAUUAUUAUUAUUAUUAUUCCUUUUGUAUUUUGUGAUUCCCAUCUUUAUAACAGCACAAUCGGUGCAUUUUACUUGAUUACUAUUUUAAUAUUUUGAUUCAGGAAAUGAGUAUUUGCAGUUUUACAGCUCUUGAUUGGACACUGAUCCGACAGUCAAGUACCAAAACCCUUAAUAAUAAUAAUAAUAAUAAUAAUAAUAAACUCUGACCUUAAUAAACUAACACUUCUUACUCUCACUACUUUUAGGAUAAGAGUUCCUCCAUCUUAUUAUUUUUCUCCGUUAGCAUCUCGCUGAUUUAUUAUAGCGACAGGAGCGGGUUUAUCUCGAUUCGGGUUUAUACAGUACGCCUUAUCAUGCAGGGUUCUAGAGCAGUUCCAGAUAUCUUUCACAGUUUCGAGCGUCCAUGUUGUUUAGGAUAUUAUAUUAGUUAAUAAAUCUUGCGUUCAGGUCACAUCAACUCUUCAAUCACAUUCAUAUUAACGCAAAGCAGUUCAUGGGACGAACAAACGCAGCUUGUCAUGUUACUGAGAAAGCGCAAAGAACUCAAGAACUCCUCUGUGUUGAAAAUGUCCGAAAAUAUAGACACAAUAAACUUCUGACCAAUCAGAAUCCAGAAUUCAGUUUAACAUCAAAGUUUAAAAGUCUGUCACACCAGGAGAGGAGUAAUGUUCGGAGUAAACGCAGUGUUAUUUAAUGUUAUUACAUUUUACAUAAAUGUAACACGCACACACACACACACACACACACACACACGCACACACACACACAGAGUGGCUGUAUGUUCUGUAACCGUAAUAUUAGCUGCAGGAAAUGGCUGUGGAGAGAAACACAGGAAACGGUGUAACGAGCCGCUGACAGAAUUACAGAGCAAUCGGAGUUUAUUUGACAGAAAUCAUCAACACGGAGACUGGUGUGUGUGUGUGUGUGUGUGUGUGUGUGUGUGUGUGUGUGUGUGUGUGUGUGUGUGUGUGUGUGUGUGUGUGUGUGUGUGUGUGUGUGUGUAACUCAAGUCUCAAAGGUCCAAUACAAUACAGCAAUGAGGAAAUGUACAGCAGCUCACACACACACACACACACACACACACACACACAGUGAGAAUAAAGCCAAUGACUUUAACCUUGCAGCUGGAGUGUUGAGUUUUAUAUCACGUUAAUAGAGACGGAUUCCAUUUUAAAAAUAUUACAGGACUUAACCCGAGUGUAUAGUGUAAAUCUACACACACACACACACACACACACACACACACACACACACACACGGCUCCUGAGAGUUUAGGGAAUUAAAAUGAAGUAAAAUUUAUUGUUAGGGAGUUUUAUUUCAGUUCUCUGUAAAGGUUUCAGCUGAGUAAAACGCGACUGAGAAAGAAACAGAUUUUUUUUUUAAAUGUCACAUUAUUAAUAGUAGUAAUAGUAAUAUGAAACUAUACGUUCUUUUUCAUUAUUGACUUUAAAUUCCUUUUUAAAUUUACGUUAAAAACUAACUGAAUGAAACAGAAUGGUUUCCCGGGUUUACGGCCUGCAGUUCGGCGUCUCUGAUGUGUGUAAUGUCAGGAGCAGCACUCCUGGCUGGACAGAAGUAAACAUUUUAUUUGCCGCAUUUAACUUUUUUUAAUAUAUAUAUAUCAUUCCAUUUUUAUUAAUGUUUUUGCUUCGCUCUUAUUUCUUACUGAUAACACAGUUAUUUGUCUGCUUUAAAUAAUAAAUCAUGUCGACUCGCUAAAAAUAAAACGUGAGGCAGAGGCAGAGUCACUGAAGAGACAUGGUGAAGUUUAUUUUUAUUAUUAUUAUUAUUACACGUCAUUAUUCUGCAAAAACGUACAACAUCGUCCGAGUUUAACUCUUAAACGGACUCUCGGACUCGGACUCGGACUCGGAGAUACUAAACACUGUUACAGUAUUAAAGUGUAGAAAUCGUUUUGUUUAGUCGUCGUUAUUCUCUUCACCUUCGCCUCGUCUUCUUCAUCAACACAAUAAACGGAUGCCUUCUCCUUGGCAAACCCCGCCCACUAAAUCAGCCACUUCCUGUCAAGAAAACUCACUUCCUGUUCUCUUAUCUGUUAAGUAAAACAGCACAUGGGAGCGUUUUCCUGUUUUUCAUUCCAGGUGGAAAAAAAACUCCCAGGAAAUUGUUGUUAAAGAAGAACAAACUGCAGAGUAGUUACCCUUCACACGGCUCUGACCGGCGCGCUGCUUCACGUUUAUUUUCAUUCUGUACUUUUAUGUGAUUUUGGGGUUAAUUUUCUGCAUGAAGUCACGGUUUCAGUGAAACAUUUCUUUUAAGAUUGAAAAGUGUUUCUUGAAUUCGUUCUGUGUUUAUAUGUUUCGUGUGAUGAUGUCAUCAUGCACGGAGACUCACUUACACACGCUUUAAUUCCUCUUAUUUUCUUUUCUUUCUUUUAUUUCUUUCCUUUUUUUGAAAUGAUCGUAGCCUGAAAACAUUCCGAGAAACUGGAAGAACAAAUCAAUACAGAAAGGUGUUUUACCUUUUUUAUUUUCCUCUUUUUUACGGGUGAAUUUACAUUCUGAGUGUUUUGUUGGAUCCUGUGUGUGUGUGUGUGUGUGUGUGUGUGUGUGUGUGUGUGUGUGUGUGUGUGUGUGUGUGUGUGUGUGUGUGUGCGUGUUCUACAGAUGUGAUUUUUUUGUUGUAUUUUUAUUCAUUAAUAAACUUUACACAUGUUAAUGA